AUGGAAGAACCACUAAUAUUAACCAGUGCACUGGCAGCAGCUCAAAAUGACUCCAGACUAAUCGGCGUCCCGAACGCUCGGAUCAACGACAAUAUAGAAAACAUCAAGAAGUUCCUCCAGCGUAGAAUAGCUGCAUCUGUCGAAGAAAGACAGUUUCUGCGCGGCGAGUCCUCCGACGAGUUGAGAAGCCAAAUUGUUAGAGGUAUUGUUGAGGGAUCCCAGGGAGUUCACACUUCUGAUAGGCUUUGGUGGGCCCAGUUUCAGAUGGGGCAAAUACUUUCCCUGGGCGCUGAAAGUGAUGUGAAGAAGAGUCUAGGAAGGCUUCCACAGAGUCUAGAGGAUUUAUAUGAAGAUGCGUAUGAGCGGAUACAAACGGAGCCAGGCCAAGGGCCUGGGAUUGCACUAAAAACGUUGAUGUGGGUGAUGUGUGCGUUCGAGCCAUGCUCACCCGACGAAUUGGCGAAAUUUGUCUUUCUGAACUUUCCUCAAGAGGAAAGGUUGACGGGGAACGUUUUGCUCAAGUUAUGCCAUAACCUCCUUACCAUAGACCAGCAGUCGGACGUCGUGAAGAUCGCGCAUCCAUCAAUACGAGAUUUCCUUGAAAAUAAAUAUGCCCCCAUGGUCGAUUCACACAUUCUAGUUGCUAAGACUUGCCUUGCCUUCCUGAGUGGCCCAAACACCCUGAGGAAGAUUGACUUGGACGAUUAUGCCAGCAAGUAUCCAGUUAUGUUCUGGCCGAUGCAUGUCCAGGCGUGCCUGGAUCAGCAGAAAGACGCAGAGUUAUCAGAGCAGCUGAUAAUGUUCUUGAAUACACAUUCUAAAGAUUGGUACAAAGCAUAUGCGGAUUUGUUCGAUACUUAUCGAAUACCCAAUUCGGAGCGCACCUUCGAGUACCGCAUGCCCGAGCCCGGAAAGUUUCAUGAGUUUGAAAGGGGCCUGGAAAAGAUAUUAAUAGACUCCCUUGAAGAGCUCAAGUUCGACGAACUGACUCCAUGGCAUAUCGCUGCUGUGUAUGAAUUUGGAGAGCAGCUGGAAGCACUAUGGGUCCUGGAGCCACCAAACAUCAAUGCCGUAAACAAGCAUGGGCAUACAAUGCUCUUCAUUGCAAGCAGCAACGGAUCAUCCUGGAUUGUCGAACGUCUUUUGAAGAAAGGUGCAGACCCCAACGUAUCAUGCGCUGGGAUGAUGGCCCUCGACUCUACAGCCUUCCACGGGCGAUAUGAGAUAGUGCAACUUUUGCUGGACUACGGCGGCGACGCGAAGGGAGAAAGAUGGGAGGUUAGAAGCGCGCUUUGUUGGGCGGCUGUAAAGGAUUUCCACAUGAUAGUGCAAUUGCUUCUAGAGAAUGGAGCUAAUCCCAAUAUCAGAUGCACAUACAAGAAGUGGAGUGCCCUGUAUGCUGCUUCAAGUCUUGGACGUUGUGAGGUGGUAAAGCUGCUAUUGGAGAACGGAGGGGAUGCUGGUGCUGAGGGUGGUGAUGAGGGGAGUGCUCUUGGUGUUGCGGUGAGAAAUGGGUGGCUGGACGUGGUUAAACUUUUGCGGGAACACAUGACGUUACAAGAUCCUGCGGGUACAUGUAGCUAG